AUGUCUGCAUUCCAUAAGUUCUUCGAUAUACAACCCGUGUCGAACAUUACCAACCCGGAACCAACAUAUCAAAAGAGCAAAAGCAAAGCACCUCAAACACUUGGUGAUGUAGGUGUAUUGCCGGAAGUUGAACUCACGGACUUUGCUUCUCGCAAUACAGACAAUGGUCGCCAGGCUUCAGUCUCGGAAUUUGAUAUGCCAAAGGGUGCGCAAACCCCCAAGACUCCCAAUGAGCUUGAGAUGAGUCGCCCGGCUACACCGACUCGAGAAGAUGCGGUUGGCAGGGAGAGGAUGUGGAACGCUGAGCCCAUGACCAAAUGGAGGAUCUUGUGCUGCUGCAUGAUCUAUUUCUCAAACGGAAUAAACGAUUCAGUUGUUGGCGCUUUGAUCCCAUACAUGGAGUCGUACUACCACAUCUCAUACUCGAUCAUGUCUCUGGUCUUUGUCGGCAAUGCCAUCGGUUUUAUCUCUGCUGCCUUUUUCACCAAUUCAAUUUUGGGAAAGUUCGGAAGAGCAAAGACGUUGAUAUUCGCAGAGUUGAUACAACUAUCUGCAUAUAUUAUCCUUGUGUGCACGCCUCCUUAUCCUCUCGUCAUCGUAUCCUUUUUCUUAUUAGGAUUUGGUGCCGCUAUCAACCUAGCACUCAACAACGUGUACUGCGCGAAUACGCAUCCACCCAGUGUCAUUCUUGGCCUGGCGCAUGGUAGUUAUGGCGUCGGAGGAAUAAUAGCACCUAUCAUCGGGACAGCGAUUGUUUCGCAAGGAAUCCUGUGGUCACGCUUCUACUUCAUAUGCGUCGGGCUGCGACUUUGCUGCAUCGCCUUCGCCGCAUGGUCCUUCUGGUCAUACAGGGAAGACUCUGAGGAGACCCUCUUGGAAGCCACGACCAGCAGGCAAACUUCCGCAGAGAAUGCCGCGUCAAAGCUGAAGAACUUAAAGCUCGCCUUGAAGAACAAGGUGACCAUAUUCGGGGCACUGUUCAUUUUCGCAUACCAAGGAGCCGAAGUGAGCAUCUCAGGCUGGUUCAUCUCGUACCUCAUCAACUACCGUAAUGGGGACCCUGCGAAGGUUGGAUACGUCACAGCAGGCUUCUGGGCUGGAAUCACUCUUGGCCGUUUUGUACUCACUCAUGCUGCACCCAAAAUAGGAGAGAAGAAAUUCGUCGUCAUUCUCACAAUUGGAACAGUAGGCCUUCAGCUUCUGGCAUGGUUGACGCCGAACUUGAUUGGAAAUGCGGUCGCUGUAUGCUUGCUGGGUUUGUUGUUGGGCCCUGUCUACCCUUGUGCGCAGACCAUCUUUUCUCGUCUCAUGCCUCGUCAUGUUCAAACAACUGCAAUCGGCUUCAUAGGCGGUGCAGGAAGUUCAGGCGGUGCAGUCGCUCCAUUCACAACUGGUGUCCUCGCACAAGCCUCUGGUACUUGGGUGCUUCACCCUGUUGCAAUUGGUAUGUAUGCCGUCAUGAUGGUUUGCUGGUUCGCAUUGCCCAAGGUGCGCAAGCGAACUGAGUAG